CCGUUAUCACAUUCGGUGCUCAUUCCAACAUGUGAUGUGGUCUUGCAAGCCAUUCUGCCGAGCAGAUAAAUUCGUGCUCGUCUGCGGGUGUACCAAUGCAGCACUCGCCCCAAAACGACCGAACAUGCGGGAAAAAUGAAAACACUUUCCCUUUUUUGCUACCAACCGUACCGACGGGGGGAAACUCCAGUUCUCAUCACUUCAAAAAGGGCCACCCCAAGCAUCCAGAGUCUCAGUUUCGGUUCGUCUUUCGUGUGCAACUAUGCGUUACUGUAGUUCGUUACUUCUGGUGAUAUACGUGUGUCUGUUGGUGCGUUGUUCAUGGACAAUGGAAUCUGAGGUUCAUCCAGCUCCAAAAGACGAUCUUCCUAGAAAACAAAACAUGGGACGCCGUGAAGGACGAUUUCUCGGUCUGCUUGGGCUACUUACCGGGCUGACGCUGGUUGAUUCUCUCGACGAUGAUAGCGAUCGUCCGCGACGUUCCGGGUUCGUGAAGAUUGACGUCGGACAUCCGGCCGCGCUCGAUGCAUUCUACGGUGCGUACGGUUACGCAUCGCCCUACUGGACGGGCGGAUCGUCCAUCAACAUAAAGAUUCCGUUUCGACCGGCCGGAACCGAGUUUGAAACGAUGGCCCUUUUCCCGUUUCCCAGCCAUUUCCCGCAGCACGGACCGUCACAUUUUGGCACAGGACCGGCUUCGAUCGAACCGCGGCCGACCAUUUUUUCCGAUCCCAUUCCAAGCGCGUCCAACGGUUCGGCGGGAACAACUUUAGCAGAUGAUGUAGAUCAACCGUCCGGAAGAAAGCAAAAGCUUACCUCUAGGAAAGCUGCAGCCGCGAGCAGAAGAUCACGGCCGAAGGUGAGUCCUCCGAGAACGAUUCGAAGCACGGUUCGAGCGGAUGGCGAAACGGAUGACGAUGAGAUUAACGCCACUACCGUGGAGGUGCCCGAGGCAACUGAAACGAUCGAGACGCAAGCCCCGCAGGAAACUAUGGAACCUUCCGUUAGUAACGAUGCCGAAGUUUCGUCCACUAAUACACCGUCCAAUCAUCACGCGCCCGUUUCGGAGGACCCCGAACCAGCCACCCCGGCGUCCCUGGUUCAGUCCGAGCUCAAUUACGUCACCCAGCCGAUAAUUCCCUCGUCCUAUCAUACCCAUCAGCACAGCCUGGCCGAUGUGUCCGCGAUCGAGCUGACGACGAGCGCCGCCGACCUGCCGUACGAUGCCACACAGUUCCAGCCCAGCCGGGCCGACCACUGGCAGGACUAUUACGUCAGUGUCGCGCAGGACAGUGCCAAACGACAGCAUGGCUUCCUGCCGAUCGCUUCGAUCGGGUAAAUUGAUUGCACACUCAAUAAAAACCGUUCCGCUUCGUUCCUCAAGUUCCAUCUGCUUCCAUCCCGCUCGUUCGUACCGGUUAGGGGUUGUCUCGGCACUCGGCCCGUGCCUGUGUGUGACCUGCUAAUGUUGCGAAUCAUAAUGACGCUUACGUAACGUGCAGCAAACGCAACAAUGGUGGCCACCAAACGUGUCGCAUUAUGCUCGGUGCCAUAAUCCACCUGCUGCGAGUGGGAAAGUGAUUUUAUGUCUCGCUAGACCUGGAACCGGACAUGUACCUUCUGGGUAUGUCCUUCGCCUAAUGGCGGUACUUGCAACCUCGUUCGCUCUCUUUCACACUACCCUGGUGCACUUGCUGCGAUCGUCAGAUAGUAUGGGCUGGCACUGUUUUCAAGUGGAGGUAAUAAAAGCCAAAGAAUAGAUUGCUACACCAACCUACUCACAUACGGCACCAUCUCGACCUGCUGCUUGUUAUUUGGCUCUUUGUUUUGGCUCACCAACUAACGAUUAUCCCUGCCCGGGGGCGGAGGACCGUACCGUGCGCUGGCUCGCUGGGUGGGAAGGAGAAGGGUUGCGAACCAUCCGGGGCGUCACAUGUCUGCCACGGUGGCGCACGGACACUUUGUACCUCGCGCACACACUGCUGCAUCAUGAAUUGAAGGACCCGUACCUACGGCCCGGAAUGCGGGGUGGAGCACACUCUCGUUCAACGCCCUCGGUGGACACAUCACGGUGGACGAUGACUGGGGUUUUUCCCAGACAGUGUUCGUUCAUACGCACCACACAGCUCCUGGGUUUUGAUGGGGUAAAUGAACGACCCAGUCCCAGUCAUGAGCGGGUGCCAGGUGUCUGCGCGUGUUGGUUACAGCAUAAUGUCUUGCUACCGGUAAAAAACACACACAAACACACUCGAAAGGACAUACCAUUUGUGGUUGUCGUAUCCUAUGCGUUGUUUUUUACAGAGGUAGCAGUGAGUCCUUGGAAGCAUACUAAUUAUGUCUCAAU